AUGUUUGGAAGGCUGUGGUGCAAAGCCAUUUUUGCUGGCUGCAAGAGAAGUCUCCAGAACCAAAGAGAGCUCAUAGCCCUUCUUAAAAUUGAAAGUGUUUAUGCCCGAGGUGAAACUGAAUUCUACUUAGGUAACAGAUGUGCUUAUGUGUAUAAAGCAAAAAACAAUACAGUGACUCCUGGAGGCAAACCAAACAAAAGCAGAGUGAUCUGGGGAAAAGUAACUUGGUCCCAUGGAAAGAGUGGCAUGGUUCACGCCAAAUUCCAAAACAACCGUUCUGUGAAGGCCUUUGGACACAGAAUCCCUGUGAUGCUGUACCCAUCCUGGAUUUAA